AUGUCUUUCUGGCAAGAGCUCGCGUCCUGGAAAACACCCACAACCGGGCAAAUAGCAGAUCCCCCGAAAGUGGGCGCCCAGGCACCAAACCAUCCGGCCCUGGCACUUCCGACAGAAGAUAAAAAGCCAGCCAUAGUGAUAUUUCUCCGACAUUGUGGAUGUCCAUUCGCCGAAAAAGCCUACCGCGACUUAAACGACCACCCGGCCGUCCAAAACGGCUCGGUCGUCGGCAUCGCGGUCAGCCAUUCCUCCAAGGAAGCCACAGAAGCGUGGCAGGAGGCGUUAGUCACGGACCAGACCCAGCCUCUGCGUCGUAGCGAGCAGAACCCGAUCCGGCUUGUUGUGGACGAGGAGCGCGAGGUCUAUGCGGCCUGGGGCUUAGGUGUCUCGUCUACAUGGCAUAUUCUGAGUCCGUCGACGAUCGCGUCGGUGGUGUCGUUGGGUCGUAGCGAGGGGAUAUGGAAUCGACCGACGGAGAGCGGGAGUCGGUGGCAGACCGCUGGGGAUUUUGCGGUAGAUGGGGAGGGUGUGGUGAGUUGGGCGCAUGUUUAUCAAGGGGCAGGUGAUGUGGGGAAUACCGAUGAGGCUGUUAAGGCGGCUUUGAAGGAAGAUGGGGAGACUGAGGGUUAA